AUGUUGAUUGAUGGAAUUGUGACCGGUGAUUAUUCUCCACUGGCCGAAGCCGAUCCUUGGGAUUUGGAUCAACUUUUGAGCGGUGAACAGGUAACAUUUUGAAAAUCACUUUUUUCGCGCGCUUUUUUGGAGCAAAUAUGCUCUAUUGCAAAUUUUUUGCACGAAAAAAAAGGAUUAAUUGAAAAUGUGUCCAUCAAAAAAAUGUGUAAACUAAACAAAAAUUUUUUUCAACAAACUUUAUUCAUUUAUUUUUUUUGGGCCUAGCUUCAAGCCUAAGUUUCAGGCCUAAAUUUCAGGCCUAACCUUAUUAACUGAUAAUAAUACUAACUGGAAUAAUUUGAUUAUUUUUCGACGAAAAUUUUUUGAAAACCGAUUUGAACAAAGGUACAUAGAGUGAGGAAUGUUGCAAAAUCGAGAUUAUUGUCGAAAAAAAUCCGUGAAAAAUGAAAAUGAAGAGAAUUCCGAGGGCUUGUGCUGCAAAUUUCGAAAUUUUGGGGGAAAAUUCGGGGAGUUCAAUGGGGCGCGCUUGCUAAAUUAUCGAUUUUUUAGGGAAACCCGCGGCGCAAUUGUUUUUUGAAUUUUUCAUCAGAAAACGGGUUGUUCAGUAGAGCGCGUUUGAAUUUUUACCAAAAACCAACAGUUCAGUGGGGCGUGCUUGCAUUUUCAUUGAAAUUUUCGAAAAUUCAAAAAUUUUGAUGAAAAGCAGUGUUAUCAAUAGGGCGCUCUUUCACUUUUAGUGAAAAUUAUGAAUGUUUCAUAAGAAAACGGGUUGUUCGAUAGAGCGCGUUUGAUUUUGUAUUAAAAUUUGAAUUUUUCGAGCGUCUCAGUAGAGCACACUUGUUGAUUUAUCGAUUUUCGAGAGCAAAAUUGCUGAUUUUAUGGAAUUUUUGCAUUUUUCAACCGAAACCAGGUUAUCAAUAGAGCGCACUUGCGAUUUUUCGAGCCAAAAAACUCACCAUUAUUAAUAAAAACCGCAAAAUGCACAAUGAGACACGAAAAAAUGCCUGGCAACACCAAAAAUCCAAAAUGCACAGCAGUCUGACUCACCAAACCGCACGCCAAAACGCGGUGUCGCCGCAAAUUCGCCGGCGACUGCUCACGCGUCCUCAAAACCCUCGCGACAUUCGCCAAAAUCCUGCGGCACGUCUGCCACACAAAUAUCGACCAUGUGCACAGAAUAAGCGCCAAUGCCACGCAAAAACACGCGAAGAAUGACGUGAAUUCGGGAGCGAUCCACGUGGAUUCGCAAAACAUUGUGUAGUCUUUGGGAUUUUCGAGGAUCUUCUCGAAUUUUCGAUCGAUUUCCAGAUGGUUGAGGUGACCGUAGAGGAAAAUGAGGGCGAGCAAAGUUAUGACGAUGAAAAAUAUGAAGGUGUAGAUCAAAAGUGAAUGGCGGGAUCUGGAGAUUUGAUGUAGGCGAUAGUGGAAGAGGAGCAUUUGAAUGAAGAGGUUGAGAAUUGCGCCGGCAAUUGCUAUGAUCAUCAGGUUGAGGCCCGAAAUUUGAAGAGAGUUUGCUAGUUUGCCGGUUGAUUUGAGGGUUAGAUGGGGAAGGGCGGUUUGUGGACGGUAGAUGUUGAUGAGGAAACAUUCGAGGGCGAGGUUGCUGGGAGAAUGGGAUUUUUUGGGGGCUUUUUAGGCCUGUUUUCAGGCUUAGGAUUGAAAUUUGGGCUGUUUCUAGGCUUUCUGGCUCAUUUUCAUGCGCGAAAUUCAAAUUUUUCCCCAAUUUUUUGUGGAAUUUUGAUCUACACUCGCGCCAAAGGCGCUCGGGCUACUGUACUUACAGUAACCCAGCAUCCAGGUGUACUGUAGGUACCCAGUAACCCGAAUCCAAAGGGACACACACUCGCUCCGCUCGAGCCGCUUCGCGGAAUUUUGAUCUACACUCGCGCCAAAGGCGCUCGGGCUACUGUACCUACAGUAGCCCUGGGUUAUACAGUAACCCGAAUUCAAAGGGACACACACUCGCUCCGCUCGAACCGCUUCGCGGAAUUUUGAUCUACACUCGCGCCUAGGGCGCUCGGACUACUGUACUUACAGUAACCCAGCAUCCAGGUGUACUCGCGCCAAAGGCGCUCGGGGUACUGUACUUACAGUAACCCAGCAUCCCCUCGAAUCCCGAUACGAUCUACAGUAGCCCAGGUGUACUGUAGGUACCCAGGAACCCAAAUUCAAAGGGACACACACUCGCUCCGCUCGAGGGGAAUUUUGAUCUACACUCGCGCCAAAGGCGCUCGGGGUACUGUACUUACAGUACCCCAGCAUCCCCUCUGGUCCCCCGACACGAUCUACAGUAGCCCAGGUGUACUAAAGGUACACAUUUAGGCCAAAAUUGUGGACUUUUAAAGGGACAUCAACAGUAAUCCUCUUCACAUUUACAAAAUUUUCAAGAAAAACUACAGUAAUCUACAGUACUCAAUCUAAAUUCAGACCCAAAAUUGUGGAAUUUUUUCAAAGGCACAUACAGUAAUCUAUAUUGAAAUUAAGUUGAAAAUCGAUAAUUUUAAAGGUACAUACAGUAGCCCUAUUAAAAUUAGCCAAAAAAUCGCACUUUUCAAAGGCACAUACAGUAAUCUAAUCUCAAUUUUGAAAAUUGUGUUGCGAAAAAAUGCGCGAAAUUCAAAUUUUUUGUUUUUUUUUGUUUUUCCCGCCCAAAACUCACAUAAAACUGUGCAAAAAUAGCAAAACACGAUAUGUUUUGAAUAAUUUUGGGGCCGAAAAAAUUGCGGCGAAUACGGUAAGAUAGGUCAAAAAGCUGGCGCAUUGAAGACACGUCAUGGAUUCGGAAAAUGGCUCAAUUGGCUCGGCAACACGGCAGUGGAUGCGGCUCAGAUUCGAGUAGAGCGCCGAUUUUUGAGCGGCAUUGCUCAGGUUAAGCGCGGAAAUAUCGAUCAUUUUCGCGAAAAAAUCGCGAAAUUCGCGAUUUUUGAGGUAGAAUUUGUGAGUUUCUGACUGAUUUUUGGUGUUUUCAACACAUUUUUAACACAAAAUUCUAGGAUUAGUCAUGUGGAAAAUCGAUUUUUCGUGGAAAUUUGCAUUUUCGACCAAAGUUUUGGAUGAGGUAAGCAGAAUUUUGUCAGAAAAUAUGGAAAUUUCAAAGUUUUUCAGGUGGAAAAUUUGAAUUUCUAAGAUUUCCCGCCAAAAACCGCAUGGCCGAGGUUUUCCAAAAGUUCGGCCACGUGGUUUAUAGGCUCUAGAAAAUGCACGUGGCCUAGGUUUUUUGAAAAGUUCGGCCACAGGCGCGAAAAAUAGGAAAAUUUGAAUUUCUAAGAUUUCCCGCCAAAAACCGCAUGGCCGAGGUUUUCCAAAAGUUCGGCCAUGUGGAAUUUUUGGCGCUAAAAGUACACUAUCUCUAAACAUCAAAUAAUGUGUCUCUUGAGAAUUUGAAAAAAAAAAUUUCAAAAAAAAAUUUUCGCUUCAUUUUUUGACUAUAUUUUAGCUAGAAAACUAGAGAAAAAUGCAUGUGAGUUUGAAAAAAAUUUGAAUUUUUCGGAAUUCAUGUGGCCUAGUUUUUUGAAAAGUUCGGCCAUCUGGUUUAUAGGAAAAUAAACAUGGCCGAAGUUUUGCAAAAACUAGGCCACUGGAUUUUUUUUUUCAAAAAAAAAACAAAAAAAAAUUACCUUAUUCAAUUUGUUUGAAAAAAAGGGAAAAGAAAAUUGGAGCAAAAAAUGUCGUUUUUUUGGAGCAAAAAAAAUUUGAUGACUUUUCUCGCCUUUUUUUUGUUUGUCUUUGAGGCUUAGCCUCAUUUGUACUACUUUUUUUCUGAAAAAAAAUAGAAUUUCCAAGUUUCCCGCCAGAAAUCCACGUGGCCUAACUUUUGGGAAACCUCGGCCACGUCUUUUUUCUGAUGGAAAAUCUUGAAAAUUCAAAAAUUGAAAUUUUAGCGCUCAUAAAACCCGUGGCCGAAUUUUGCAGAAAACUAGGCCACCUGGAUUUUUCAGCGGGAAAUUCCAAAAAUUCAAAUUUUUUUUAAAGAAAAUUCAAAAAUAUUCAUUUUAGCGCUCGAAAAAACGCGUGGCCGAAUUUUGCAGAAAACUAGGCCAUGUGAUUUUCAAAUCUCCCGCUUUUUUCUCAUAAAAAAUCCAAUUUUCCGCUCGAUUUCCAAAUAAUUCCCACUAGAAAAACAUCUUUUUUCACAUUUCCAUUUUUUUUUCAAAAAAAAAAAAUGAAAAAUUUUUUUGUUUUGUGAAACAAAAAAAAGAGAUUUAUGUAUUUCCUUCUUUUUUUGAACUCGUCUUUUUUUUUUUGAAAAAAAAAAUGAUUUUUCCCUUGGGUCAAAAUUUUUGGCGCGCGAAAAAAAAUCAUUGACAUUUCAACAAAAAGAGAAAAAUUUUUUAAAAAAUGUAUUAUUUUCUGUUGUUUUGGACGAAUUUUCGGCGCCAAAUUCAAAAUUUUCAAAAUUUUCAGAUGCCAUUUGUGACGUCACACCUACCGUACUCCACGCCACGUCGAAUCGGCCUUUUCUCAUCUGCAAAUCAACAAAAUCACAGAAGAAAAUCACAUUUUCCCGCCAAAAAUGACAAUAAUAAUGUAAUGUUUUAUGAAAAAUUCGAAUUUUUUAACACAGAUUACUGUAUGCACCUUUAAAAGUGCGAUUUUUAAAGCUAAAUUUAAUAGGGCUACUGUAUGUUCCUUUAAAAUUGUCGAUUUUCAACUUGAUUUCGAUAUAGAUUACUGUAUGUACCUUUAAAAAUAUGUGAAAAAUCACUAGGGAUUACUGUAUGCGCCUUUGAAAAUUCCACAAUUUUUUGUCUAAGUACUGUAGAUUGAAAAUUACUGUAGUUUUUCUUGAAAAUUUUGUGAAUUUUUAGAGCAUUACUGUAUAUCCCUUUGAAAAUCUCAAUGCACCUUUAAAACCCCACAAUUUUGGCCUUAAUGUGUUCCUUUGAAAUCGGGUUACUGUACCUACAGUAAGCUUGGGUUACUGUAGAUCGUGUCGGGACCCGAGGGGUUACUGUAAGUACAGUACCCCGAGCGCCUUUGGCGCGAGUGUAGAUCAAAAUUCCGAAAAGCGGUUUCGAGCGGAGCGAGUGUAUGUCCCUUUAAAUUUGAGUUACAGUACCAAGCUACAGUACACCUGGGCUACUGUAGAUCGUGUCGGGACCCGAGGGGUUACUGUAAGUACAGUACCCCGAGCGCCGUUGGCGCGAGUGUGAGUGGAAAAUUCCGCAAAGCGGCUCGAGCGGAGCGAGUGUGUGUCCCUUUAAAUUCGGGUUACUGUAACUACAGUACACCUGGGCUACUGUAGAUCGUGUCGGGACCCGAAAGGAUUAUGGGUUAAUGUAGUUUGGGAUCUACAGUACCCCCGAGCGCCCUAGGCGCGAGUGUAGAUCAAAAUUCCGCGAAGCGGCUCGAGCAGAGCGAGUGUAUGUCCCUUUGAAUUCGGGUUACUAUACCAAGCUACAGUACCUAGGGUUACUGUAGUUCGUGUCGGGACCCGAGGGGUUACUGUAAGUACAGUACCCCGAGCGUCUCUAGCGCGAGUGUAAGUGGAAAAUUCAGCGGAGCGGCUCGAGCGGAGCGAGUGUGUGUCCCUUCGGGUUACUGUACUGAGAGUAUCUACAGUAAUCCCAGAUUACUGUAGAUCCCGAGCGUAGCGAGUGUAAACCGCAACCUUCCGCGUAGCGGCACUGUCUUCCGCGUAGCGGCCACGCGGAUUACUGUAAUUCUUAUCCUACAGUAAGCUUGGGUUACUGUAGAUCGUAUCGGGACCCGAGGGAUCCUGGGUUACUGUAAGUACAGUACCCCGAGCGCCUUUGGCGCGAGUGUAUGUCCCUUUAAAUUUUUGUCCUGUACCAAGCUACAGUACCUAGGGUUACUGUAGUUCUCGAGCGUAGCGAGUGUAGGCCGGAAGCUUCCGCGUAGCGGCCACACGUAUUACUGUUCCGCAAGCUUCCGCGAAGCGGCCCGAGCGCGACAGCGCGAGUGUAUGUCCCUUUAAAUCCCCCAUUUUGUUUUUGCAGAUCACCGUCCGCCCCAUGCCUCCCUGGAAGAAAUACGCGCGGAUAAUCCUUCCGCACGUCGGUCUCAUUCUUCUCUCGUUGUUCUACGUGAUAGGCGGUGCAAUGGUGUUCUAUCACAUGGAACGUGCGCACGAGAUCCACGUGCGCACACACAACAUUGCGAAAUUCCACGCCUACAAGCAGCGGAUGAUCGGCGAGUUGGCGGAACUCAAAAAAUCGGAGGCGGCGGAUCCGCGCGGAUUGGAAGAGCUCGCGUUGGAGCAUGUGCACAAUUUGACGCGCAUCCUUUUUGAUGCUUUCGACACACAUUAUAUUGCAGCUAAACAUUUGGGCAAAGAUGGACAUUCGGUUGAGGUACGGUAGGGCCCUACAGUACUUUUGGCGGGAAAUUUUGAUCUACCCUCGAAAAUCCACGUUUUUAGACACCAAACAUGCCCAGGUUCGGAAAAGUUCUAAAUUUUGAUCUACAGAAUUUCAGAGCUACAGUAACCCAGUCAUGUUUGAUCUCAAAAUGUUCCAAAUUUCGAGCUACAGUACCACUCAAACUACAGUAACUCCAAAAAUUUGCAGAACAAUUGGACCUUCAUCACCGCCCUCUUUUUCACCGCCACAUUGUUGACCACAAUCGGUUACGGUAAUCUAGUUCCGGUAACUUGGCACGGAAAAAUGUUCUGUAUCGCCUACGCACUAUUCGGUGUGCCUUUAAUCUUGAUUACUGUAGCUGAUAUCGGAAAAUUUUUGUCGGAAAAUAUUAUUUGGCUGUAUACGAGAUACACGAAAUUGCGAGAGAAAAUCGACAAAAAACACGCGAAAUAUCAAGCGAUUUCGAAUAAAGAAGAAAAAGGAGCGGAAAGAGGAGCGGAAAGCGGAGAACAGAUUAUGCAGGUACGGUAGGAUACUGUAGGUCCCAGAAUUCAUGAUUUUUAAGCCGAAAUAUGGGAUUUUUGAUGAAAAUGGAGCUCUGGAGCUUGAAAACUGCACAUUUUUGACCAAAAAAGCACUGGAAAUCAUGCAUUUCUGAAUUCUUACAGUACUCCUACAGUACUCCUCUUUACAGGGUCUGGAUCACUACAUUUCAAUUCCAAUCUCAUUAAUCGUCUCAAUUUUGCUUGGCUACAUUGCGAUUGGCGCGAUUUUGAUCGGAACUUGGGAAAAUUGGGAUUUUUUCCGAGGUUUCUAUUUCAGCUUCAUCACUAUGACUACGGUAUGUUCCUUUAAACAUUUGUAUUUUUCAACAAAUUUCAGGUCUAGAGUACUGUAUGUUCCUUUAAUUUCAGGUCGGAUUUGGUGAUAUUGUUCCUUUACAACGAGAAUACUAUAUUGUGGAUUUGUGCUAUAUUAUUAUUGGAUUAGCGAUUACGUGGGUGUUUUUUGGCGCCAAAAUUCAAAUUUCCAAAAUUUUUCAGCACGAUGUGUAUCGAUUUGGUUGGAAUUCAAUAUAUCCGAAAAAUUCACUAUUUCGGUAGAGCUAUCAAGGUUUGUGGGCUGAAAUUCAGGGAUUUUUCAAGAUUUUUAUGCAAAAAAUCUGGUUUUUUUUGAAGUUUCUCUACCAAAAAUUCAAAAUUUCAGGACGCCCGUUUUGCUCUGGUCAACGUUGGCGGAAAAAUGGUGCAUGUUCCAGAUUUGAUGAGAUAUGCAAGUGUGCUCCAACAAAAAUAUGGGCAGCGUAAAACGCAUGACACAAUUAUUGUUAAAGGCGCAUAUGCCCCAAAGGAUUUGAGCAGAAUACGGUAAUUAAAUAUUGAUUUUUUUUUUGAAAAAUCAAAAAAUUUCAGAUUUAUCGAUUUCGGCGCCUUGGCUUCUAUGGAAAGUUUGCAAUCAUUAUUUUCAAUUUUUACUUCGAAAUCUCAAGAAGCUCUUGUUUAA